AUGGCUGUUGGCGGUUGUUUUUGCGGCAAUAUUCGAGUUGAAAUCACUGGCGAGCCUUUGACAUCUGGACUGUGCCACUGUCUUGACUGUCGCAAGCUCACUGGCGGAGCCUCUUCCUGGAGUUUUGUUGUCAAAAGCGAGGAAGUGAAAGUCUCUGGAACUGCCAAAGCAGUGCGAAAGACAUCGGACAGUGGAAAUGAAAUUAGAAAUUAUUUUUGUCCCGAGUGCGGCACGCCACUCUAUGGGCGGAAACUCAAGCCGGAUGGAGAUUUUGAAGUCAUUACCAUUGUCCGGGCAGGAAUUUUUGAUGACAGUGAGAUGUUGAAUAAACAAAAACCCGUAGCGGAGCUAUUUACUGAGAGACGACUGGAUUGGACGGCUCCUAUCGAAGGCGCAGCCCAAGUUUGUGGCAUGCUGAAGCUGCCUACCUCGUAG